GAGGGAGCUCGAGUGUGGGUCCACACCUGUGCUUUGCGAAGGAAGGGAGAGAAGAGCCCCUUUGCAUUAUGCCAUCGUGAACGGGGAGCUCGAUGUCCUGAAGGCACAGCUCUCCCCUUCGGCUGAGUCCGUCCAAGAGUCAACCAACCGAGAGGAGACGGGGCUUCACCUCACCGUGAAGAACAACUGGUUUGACGCGGUCGUUCUGUUGGUAGAGCAUUUGAAACAGCAUAAGAAGAGCAGCUGAUCAAUCAGAAGGACAACAAAGGUGGUUGGCUUCAUCCUUCGUGGGCAUGCUAUGGAUUGCGAGGUCGUAGAUGCGUGUGCCUUGAACGAAUUGGCUCGACGCCUCUAGAUAUCUCAAUCCUCUCGCAAAGGGGGAGCAGGAGAUAGAGAGAUGAGAGAAAUUCUCGCACGAGCUGGAGCCAAACACGGAAGAGGAAGAUCAAACACGCCUGGUUCAUCACUGGUCUCGGUGGACGACGACGAUAUCGAGGGAGCUACCAGUCAUCAAUCAGAUGGGGAACAAGCAACGAGUGCUCCUCAAUCACCAUCACGUUUGCCAUCGAAAAAUUUGAAAAGAGAAAAAGAGUCGAUGGGUGACAUACGCAAUGCGCUGCUGGUCGUCGCCGCGCUCAUUACUAGCACCACCUACCAAGCCGUGCUUCAGCCUCCAAGCUUUAUUCCAAAAGUCGAUAAUAAUUGCACAAAAGGCUUCCAGGGAUACCAUGUAUCUUUAAAAACUGGUCCUCAUGGCAGGGACUUAGUGUACAUCCUCUUCAUGAGCGGCAACACAUUCGGAUUCUUGGUGUCGGUCCAGAUGAUCAUUUGCCUCACCCGAGAUCUCCCUGUCAGGCUGCCAUUGUUGCUUUCCAUGACCGCACUGGUUCAAACUUACUAUUGCUUCACGUAUUACCUGCCAUUCACAUUACAGGACAAAACAUGUGGUCUAAAAAACGUGGAAUUGUUAAGCAUGCUCCCGGUAACGAUGUCAAUUCUUCUUCUACUGGCACAGAGGCAGUUGGCACGAGCUUUAAAUGUUUGCUUGGAAAGGCUUUCUCGGUUUAACCUUCUAGGGGAUAUGUACAGUCUGAGGACCCAAUCCUCCGUUGUUAACCAAGAAAAAGAGUCAAUAGGCGACGUGCGUAACACCCUGCUAGUCGUUGCCACGCUCAUUGCAAGCACGACCUACCAAGCUGUGCUUCAGCCUCCAAGAUUUACAAUAAAAGUUUCUGAUAAUUCAAUGGAAGGCUUCCUUGCAUAUUAUUCUUCUUGGGUGACUCAUCCUCUUGGCAGGGACAUGGUGUACAUUAGCUUCAUAAGCGGCAACACAUUUGGACUCUUGCUGUCGAUCCAGAUGAUCAUUCGCCUCACCAGAAAUCACCCCGUCAGGCUGCCGCUGUUGCUGUCUGUGACUGCACUGGUGCAAACUUACUAUUGCUUCACGUAUUUCCUGCCGUUCACCUUACUGAACAAAGCAUCUGGUCUGAAAAAUGUCGAAUUGUUGAGUGUGAUACCGGUAACAAUGUCGAUUCUUCUUCUACUGGCACAGAGGUGGUUGGCGCUAGCUUUAGAUGUUUGGUUGAAACAGCUUUCUGGGUUUAAUUUCCAAGGGGAUAUGUACAGUCUAAGGACCCAAUCCUUCAUUGUCAACCAAGAAAAAGAGUCAAUAGGCGACAUGCGUAACUCCCUGCUAGUCGUUGCCGCGCUCAUUGCAAGCACGACCUACCAAGCUGUGCUUCAGCCUCCAAGCUUUACGACAGAAGUCACUGAUGAUUCAGCGAAAGGCUUCCUUGCAUACUAUUCUUCUUGGGUGACUCAUCCUCUUGGCAGGGACAUAGCGUACAUUGGCUUCAUAAGCGGCAACACGUUUGGACUCUUGCUGUCAAUCCAGAUGAUCAUUUGCCUCACCAGAAAUGUCCCCGUCAGGCUGCCGUUGUUGCUUUCCAUGACCGCACUGGUUCAAACUUACUAUUGCUUCACGUAUUACCUGCCAUUCACCUUACUAAAAAAAGUGUAUGGUCUGAAAAACGUGGAAUUGUUGAGUGUGCUGCCGGUAAUGAUGUCGAUUCUUCUUCUAUUGGCACAGAAGUGGUUGGCGCUAGCUUUAGAUUUGUGGUUGAAAAAGCUUUCUGGGUUUAACUUCCAAGGGGAUAUGUACAGUCUAAGGACCCAAGUUGUUAAUGAGAGAGAGAUGAGAGAUAUUCUCGCACGAGCUCGAGCCAAACAUGGAAGAGCAAUAUCAAACUCAUCUGCUUCAAGCCUAGACUCGGUGGAAGAUCAAUCAGAUUGUGAACCAGUCACAAAUUCAAAAAAUUUGAACAAAGAAAAAGAGUCGCUAGGUAACAAACGCAGUGCUCUGCUAGCUGUCGCCACACUCAUUGCAAGCAUGACCUACCAAUCCGUGCUUCAGCCUCCAAGCUUUACGACAGAAGUCAAUGAAAAUUCAAGGGAAGGCUUCCUUGCAUACUAUGCAUCUUGGGUGACUCGACCUCUUGGCAGGGACAUCGCGUUCAUUGGCUUCAUAAGCGGCAAUACAUUUGGACUCUUGCUGUCAAUCCAGAUGAUCAUUUGCCUCACUAGAGAUCUCCCAGUCAGGCUGCUACUGUUACUCUCUGUGACUGCACUGGUUCAAACUUACUAUUGCAUCACGUAUUACCUUCCGUUCACAUUACUGGACAAAGCAUUUGGUCUGAAAAACGUGGAAUUGUUGAGCGUGCUGCUGGUAACUGUGUCCAUUCUUCUUCUACUGGCACAGAGGCAGUUGGCGCUAGCUCUAGAUGUUUGGUUGGAAUGGCUUUCUGGUUUUAACUUCCUGGGGGAUAUGUACAGUCUAAGGACCCAAUCCGUCAUUGUUAAUGAUAGAGAGAGCAGAGACAUUCUCUCACAAGCUAGAGCUGAACACGAAAGAGGAAGAUCAAUCUCGCCCGCUUCAAGACCACUCUCAGAGGAAGAUCAAUCAGAUGGUGAACCAGUCACAAAUGCUCCUCAAUCAUUAUCACGUUCCCCAUCGAAUAAUUUGAAGAAAGAAAAAGAGUCGAUGAGUGACUUACGCAAUGCCCUCCUGGUCGUUGCCACGCUCGUCGCAAGCGCGACCUACCAAGCUGUGCUUCAGCCUCCAAGCUUUAUGAUAAAAGUCGACAGUAGUUCCAUGAAAGGCUUCCUCACAUCCUAUGCAUCUUGGAUGACUGGUCCUCUUGGCAGUCACUUAGCGUACAUUGCCUUCAUGAAUGGCAACACAUUUGGAUUCUUGGUGUCAGUUCAGACGAUCAUUUGCCUUACCAGAGAUCUCCCCGUCAGGCUGCCACUAUUGCUAUCUAUGACCGCAAUGGUUCAAACUUACUAUUGCCUCACCUAUUACCUGCCAUUCACCUUACCGGGCAAAGCGUUUGGACUGAAGAACGUGGACUUGUUGAGCGUGCUGCUGGUAACUGUGUCGAUUCUUCUUCUAUUGGCACAGAGGCAAUUGGCGCUAGCUCUAGAUCUUUCGUUGAAAAGACUUUCUAGGUUUGACUUCGUGGGGGAUAUUUACAGUCUAAGGACCCAAUCCGUCAUCGUUAAUGAUAGAAAGAGCGGAGAAAUUCUCUCACGAGCAGGAGCCGAACACGAAAGAGGAAGAUCAAUGUCGCCUGCUUCAAGACUACUCUCAGAGGAAGAUCAAUCAGAUGGUGAACCAGUCACAAAUGCUCCGCAAUCAUUUUGUGCAGUAUAAUCUAUAAUUGUUAAUGAUGGUUUUUUUCUUCCUCUGAGGUUGAGCUAAGAAACGCAAGCCUUUAGCAGCAUCAGAUGGAAUCUGUUCGACACGGUCAGACAUUGAUUUGCUGUCCUUAAUUCUCUGCAGUUGAUUGGGUAACGAAUGAGUCGCUGUAUCAUAUUUUCCUAAUAAAUGUGUCCUGAGUUCAUAGAAAGGUUGUAACUUCACGAACAGCAGUCGAGAUUCUAAGAUGUGAUUGCAUGAA